AGAAGUGUGAAAGCACAGCUGAAAACAGGAUUUUGCUUCUGGUUGAUUUGAUACUCUGAAACUGAAAUUUCGACUGUCGGAGCCAUGAAUCCUUCAACGAUUGUCAUCCAGCUUCAACAACCGACACAAACAGCACCGGUUGUGACUGGGACCAGUUCUUCUGUGCCUGUUCACAUACAGCAUGCAGCAGGAGUUUCACCUCUUCAAGGAAUUCAGGCUUUUCUAAAAGGCCAACCAAAAGCCCUCGGGGCUGUCCAGAUAAUUAUUGGUCUCUGGACUUUCCUGUUGGGAAUCGUGUCAACAGCCUUUGCCUUCAGUGGUAUUCCUUACGGGGGAUCUCUGAUAUACAUUACUGCAGGCUCGCUCUCCAUUGCUGCUGAAACCAAAAUUAAUUCACCAGCCGGUUUAUGUCUGGUGAGAGCUUCCCUCGGGAUGAACAUUUUCAGUGCUAUAGCUGCGGGCAUUUCCAUUAUUAUGCUUUCAGUACAAUUGGCUUUAGGAUCCAUCCAUUAUUACUGCAGAGACUCUUAUUGUUAUGAUAAUUGGACUCUCCGCUCAGGAAUCAGUGGUGUGUUGCUGGUAUUCGCCAUCCUUGAGUUCUUCAUCUCCAUCUGCCUAUCUGUGUUUGCCUGUAAAGUUACCUGCUGCUAUUAUCCUCAGAUUCCUGUGGUCAACAACCCUUUAAUUCAACGCCCUCCUGCAGAAAACCCCCAACAGUACAUUCAAUGUCCUCAAGAAAUCCCAGAACCAUACUUUCAACAUCCUCCUGCAGAAGCUCCCCCAGCGUACACUGAAGGCAAAUUAAUGUGAAUCGAUAGGUAAAAACGGGGCUUUGAUCCUGUGAAGAUUCAUUGAUACAUUUAUUCAGGAGUAUUUUUGUCUGUUUUGCUACUACCUAUAUGUAUUUGCUACCUAAUUGUUAUUUGUUUACAUACUGAUAAAUUGGAUUUGCUUUAUCAA